CUGGGUGACAGCUCAGUAGGGGUGUCUGGGAAAUACAGCUUGCUGUGAGGGACGUCUCAGGGAGUUCUACCAUCUAGAUACAGGUCACUUGAGCGACUGGCAUAGCACUGCAUCACUUUGCACAGCCCACUCACAAACGGGUACGCAGGCUCUCUGCCUGUACCCCGUCCCCGUCACUCUGCACGCUAAUUUUCCAGAGAGGCCGGAGAGGUGAGAAUGGGCAAAUCCGAAAGCCAAAUGGAUAUCAUGGAAAAAUCAACCAAACCAGGGAAGCGCCGUUGGACUGUUGCGGAGAUCGGGCUAUCUGUGCUGUUGUUGCUGGUCAGCUGUGCCCUAGCUGGACUGAUAGUCCUCUACACUUCGGCUCUGAGAGAGAUACCCGGUGUGUCAAGGAGCUCAGUCACUGAGGGGCAGCAGUAUCUUUCUGGCCCCAGCAAUGUUUGCACAACUCCUGAGUGUGUUACUGCAGCUGCUCGUCUCCUGCAGAACAUGGAUGCAACGGUGGAGGCGUGUCAGAACUUCUACCAGUAUGCCUGUGGGGGCUGGCUGGAGCGCCAUGUCAUCCCAGAGACCAGCUCCCGCCACAGCGUCUUUGACAUCCUCAGAGACAAGCUGGAGAUUGUGCUUAAAGGAGUUUUUGAGACUGAGAGUGAUCAGGACCGUGACGCCUUCAAGAAGGCCAAAACUCUCUACAGCUCCUGCAUGAAUGAGACUCUGAUAGAGCAGCGCGACUCCCAGCCUCUCAUGCGUCUCAUCGACAGCAUAGGAGACUGGCCUGUUGCCUCUGAGGACUGGAACAGUGUUACAGAAGAGGCCUGGAGCCUGGAGGACACUCUAGCCACCCUCAACUCUCGUUACCACAAAAAGGUUAUGCUGGACAUGUAUGUGUGGACGGAUGACCGCGACUCCAAGCGCCACAUUAUCUACAUUGACCAGCCAGGACUGGGAAUGCCAUCCAGAGAUUAUUACUUCAACGAUGGAAACUACAAAAGGGUGCGAGAGGCCUACUUGCAGUUCAUGGUUUCCAUGGCGAGGAUUGCCCGCGAGAACAGGAACUUGACCCAGGAAGAUGACCGUGUGGUGGAGGAAAUGGUGCAGGUGCUGGAGCUGGAGACAGAUAUUGCCAAUGCCACAUCCCCUGCAGAGGAACGUCAGGAUGUCACGAUUCUCUACAAUAAGAUGACCCUUAGUAAGCUGCAGGAGUCCUUUAAUCUCAACGGUUUUAACUGGAUGAGGUUUGUGCGUGGAGUGUUGUCCAGCGUGGCUGUGGAGCUACAGCUAGAGGAGGAGGUGGUGGUCUACAGCUCCCCCUACCUGGAGAAGAUGAACCACGUGCUCUCCAAACACACUGUCAGAACCAUGCAGAACUACCUCACCUGGCAGCUCGUCAUGGAGAGAGUCAGCAGCCUGAGUCGCCGCUUCAAAGAUGCCAGGGCACACUAUAGAAAGGCUCUGUACGGGACCACGGUGGAGGAGGCACGGUGGAGAGACUGUGUGCGCUACGUCCAGGGCAGCAUGGAGAACGCAGUGGGUGCUCUGUAUGUGCGAGAGACCUUUGCUGGCGAGAGUAAACGCAUGGUCAGUGACCUCAUCAGUAAGAUCCAGGAAGCGUAUGUGGAGACACUUGAGGAGCUUAGCUGGAUGGAUGACCAGUCUAAGGAGAAGGCAAGAGAGAAGGCCAUGGCCAUAAAGGAGCAUAUUGGUUAUCCUGACCACAUUCUGGAAGAGAGCAAUUUGAAGCUUGACCAGGAGUAUGCCCAUCUGAACUUCAGUGAGGAGAACUACUUUGAGAACAUCCUUGAGAACCUGCAGGCUGAAGCACACAAGACUUUGAAGAAGCUGAGAGAGCCGGUCGACCCGGACAUGUGGAUCAUUGGCGCUGCUGUUGUCAAUGCUUUCUACUCGCCAAACAGAAACCAGAUAGUAUUCCCUGCCGGUAUCCUGCAGCCUCCUUUCUUCAGUAAGCAGCAGCUCCAGGCCCUGAACUUUGGUGGAAUAGGGAUGGUUAUUGGACAUGAGAUCACCCACGGGUUUGAUGACAAUGGCCGUAAUUUUGACAAGGAUGGUAACAUGCUUAACUGGUGGAGUAAUUAUUCUGCUGAGCACUUUAAGGAACAGUCGCAGUGCAUGGUGCAACAAUAUGGCAACUUCAACUGGAAGCUUGCAGGCGGACAAAAUGUCAGUGGAAUUAGUACUUUGGGGGAAAACAUCGCAGACAACGGAGGAGUUCGGCAAGCUUACAAGGCCUACAUGAAGUGGGUGGAGAGAGAAGGAGAAGAGCUUCGUUUACCUGGUCUGGACAUGGACCACAAACAACUUUUUUUUCUUAACUUUGCCCAAGUAUGGUGUGGUGCCUAUCGGCCUGAAUAUGCCAGCCAGUGCAUCAAGACUGACUCCCACAGUCCCCUGGAAUACAGGGUACUUGGCUCCCUACAGAAUUUUGGAGCAUUCUCAGAGGCAUUCCAGUGCAAACCAGGUACACCCAUGAACCCUGAGAUGAAAUGUCGGGUGUGGUAGCCAGUUUCGGCUUUUCUCUACUCUUGUUAUUUAUUUCUUGACUGGGGCAGCUGAACAAAAAAACAUGCUUAAUAACCACCUUGUGUUAUACUGACGCCAAAGAGGCAUCCUGCCUUGGAGUAUGUCUGAUAGAUUUACAUGGCAGAAGAUAACAUUUACACAAGUGUUAUGGACUGGAUAACUGACCAAACUACACCCUAGUAUCACCACUUGAAGCAGACGUAAACUAUGAUGAGACAGGAAAAACACUUGCAAAGAGUAUGUACUUAUAUGGCUACUCAACCUAAAGAUGUUGUCUGUGGGUGAACAGUUUUGCUUGUUCUUGUUUACGAGUGGUUUUGUUGUAUACAUGCAUACAUCUGAAGCUCCUAUGGACCAAUGUGGGUGGUCAGUGGAUACAUGUAUAGUUGGCAAAUGUAGGACAUUCCUAAAACCUUGUAGAAUACGUUUGAGCCAAUCUGGCUUUAAAUGCUUUAACUAACUUUUUAAAGAAUUUAAAUAACUGUGUUCUUUUUGCCAAGUCAUUCAGAUGGCAAAUCCACAGCGCUUUUAAGCCUACAUAUUUAGUGGCUUUCAUCUAUGUGCACCAAGUAUCUUUUGGCACUGAGUUGCCUUGUACUAUCCUGUCCAAUAUGGAACAUUUGUUUUUUAAGACAUUUUGCCACGGGGCAAGAUGCAAAAAUGAAUAACAAGUCUGACAUUGCAGUGUGACUAUGAAAUGAAUAAAGGCUCUGUGAGAAAAUGAAGAGCAGCGGUGAACUAGAGCAUAAUUAGUCUCAGUCCCAGGCCAAGGCUUGGCUACGUCACUCUUUUAAAUGAAACAAUUUACCCGAAGACGUCAGACUGUUAAACCUUUGCAGCUUUACCUUAUAUGAACAUUUUGAAAAUCUAAAAAAGGAUGGCUUAAAAUGUUUUUGCUAUAGCAUAUAUAAAUGUGAGAUCUACAAAGAUAUAUGCUUGGAAAUAAGCUUAAAUACUUGCUAGGCUAGCCCUGUUUUGUUUGAGAUUCAUUUAUAGUGAUGAUGAUCUGCCACGGAGUGAUCAGUAUCUUAUUUAUGAUAGAUACUCAAUACUCGAUCCCAACUGAAACUGAAAGUGAUUUGACUUACUGUAUGUGUUGUGUUACAGUAUGUUUCAGAGACAAACAUUUGAUUAACAGUGCUCCUUUAUCUUGGGCUUUGUCCACACAGCACCAGUCAGCAUUUGUGACUAGGAUAUGAUCAGAAAGAAACAUUUAUAGGAGUGCUUUUCAAAAAUGUGCACAGAGAAGUCUUUAAGUUUAUACAAUGCUUUGUGUUUACUGCAUAAAAUAAAAAACAGAACAGAAAACUGUUCCCAGAAUCCCGUAAUACAGUCAUGGGUUUGGACUAGCUAGUGAUUUGUGUUAGCACCUACCUAUAGUCCUGGCAUCGCCAGCUGAAAGUAACAGAUACUUAAUAUAAUGAGGAAUGUGCAGCCAUGCCUCAGCUACACAUGGGGCCCUAAACAGAGCUGUGUUUUAUGAAUCCUGUCCCUUUCCUCCAUUUAUCCUUCCUCCGUUUAAAAAAAUAUAUAGAGACAAAUACACAUCUUACUUUUGGAUCCGGAUACCCCUUUCCAUAUUGUGUGUGCAAGAAAUAGAGAAAUAAAAUAAAAUAUUGUAUUCCCCCCCAAAAAAAAGGGAUACUAGGUGUAGCAGAGCCUUUUAUGGCUCAUAUUUUUUAUGUUCUGGUUUGGAUGUCUAAAAUGCCAACAUUUCAGAGAUUACUACGAGGUGUUCCACAACAGUUUCCAGGACAGGCAGCACAUGUUCACAAUUUGUCCAAAUGCUAUUUUUUAUUUUAUUUUUUUGUUCCUAAAUCCUUACCCGUUGUUGUGUAUCUUGCCAUGAUUGAACACAUGCUCUUCUGAGAAAACAUCUAAAAGCUAGAACUUGAUUAUGGUAUGCGACCUUUGGGGCAUAACCCUAUAGUCAUUGGCAUAACCACAUAGAGGUGGAAUGUAGGUGUGAAUAGAGAAGCAGGUGAAGUCCAGGUGAAGGGGUACGUCUUGACCUCUGCCAUUGAUUAGUGGCCCAGAGAAAGACUGUGUGCUGGUGGUGCGUGUGUGAGGACUGUGAGGAUGGUUGGGAGCCUGGUAACUAACUGCUAUAGGGGCCUCUUGGACAGACUGACAGACAGACACUCUGGGGAAAUGGCUUCUCAUUAGAGAGAAAUGCCGGUCAAGGCCAGGACAGUUAUUUUCUACCUUGAUUAACAAGCAGAACUAAAGGGCAGAACAGGAGAGAGCAACUUAGAACCUGACAAAAUGAUCAAACAGAUUGCCAUGGUGGCGGAACAAAGAGGGUUUUGAAGCACUACUGGGGAAAGCAAACACAGUCAUUGAGAAAAUUCAGGAUGCCUUUGUCAAUUGAACAUGACUGUUAUGUCUCAUCAGAGACUGUUUUAUUGAAUGUUCAUGAUAUAUGUAUCUUGCCUUUGAAGCUUUAUUUAUUCACUCUGCCU